AUGCAGCAGGGUGCAGGAAUUACUACGCUGGCCACACCCUCGACACAGGGGGCAGCUUCAGAAGCAGCAGCUGCAGCCACACGCAAGGAGAGGCCAAGCAGCAAGCGCCAGUUACAGCUACCCACCUCAUUUGGAGUUGAUGCCCGCGCUUUCAAGCUCAGCAGCGACAGAACAAUGACGGCGAAGGCGAAAUGCAUCUUGCGGUCCUUCCGUGAGCGCCUGCAAGAACAAAGAGAUCAACGUUCUACACGUGCAUGCGCAGUGCAGAGUCCACAUAAUAGUGCAUGCCAUAAAGGGGUUCCCGGAAAGGCACGAGAGAUCUCCAAGGAGCAGGUUGCCUUGCUACGUGAGGGCGCCGCCACUGCUAGAGAACCAACGCUAUCUGUUUGCCUGUGCGCGCGUUUCUUGCCAGCUCGACCCGCCGCCGCCCCUGCCACGCAGGAACCUGAGGCCACACAACAUGGGCAUUCGGAUGUCUACACCCUGGCCUUCUGCGCUCUUGCCGUGACUCGCGUGUGCAAGGGACAGAGGAGGACGCAGGGAAGGCGGCACAGAGAGAGAUUCUCCGAUGUCAGCGCGGACCAAGUCGGCAGCUUUAUUUCACCACUUUCCCCACCACCUGUAGCCUCAGUUGCUGCGUCCCCAUUAGGUAGAGGACGAAGCACUGCAGCCGCCUUUCUGACGGACAGAGGCUUAGAGGGCGCCUCUAGAGGAUUUUUUUCGGGGAGCUCUCGGAAGGCGUCUCCCCCCGAACGCGGUCUCGGGCAGUCCCCGCUCCUGCCUACAGAGAAUAGGAAAGAAUCGGCAUACGAAACUCCCUCGAAGGCUCCGUCAUUUGCGCGAAAAAAACAUGCCCAAGUGCAGACUGCUGAAAGCUCCUCCUUAAGAGCUCGAAGCAGGCGGCGCACUGCCCCACCCGCAGAAGGAGCAACAAUCGACCCCCCAACUUGCGAGACAUCUGCUAAAAGUCCGUCUGUAACUGGAUGCACGGCAGCAGCAGACGCAUUGGCAGUGAUCGCGUCAGAGGAAGAAGACGCAGCUGACUCCCCUGUGUUGCAGAAUGAAGGAUCCGUGCGGUGGCUUCCACAGUCUCUCGCGUCCUUUCAGGUCCCCCCUGCGACGCUUCAGCAGCUGCGCUCCGAUGCGGCUGCAGUCACGAAUGCCGCGAUCACGCCUUGGUCUGCCAUAGCAGCUUCUCGCUUCGUGGAUAUAGCGACGGAUACCUUUGUUCCCCAAGCCGCAGCCUCUAGUGCUGCCGCAGUCACCGCAGCACGAGAGGCUGCGUGGAGUGCAGCGCAGCGGAGAUGCACUGCGCAGGAUAUCGCAGAAGCCGCUAGAGCCGCGGCAGAAGCAGCACAGGCCUCAGUCGCUGCAUCUGCAGACGCUGGGAAGGAAGAAGAGGAGGGAAAUGGAAGCUCGCAAGCGUCGAGGAAGCAAGGGUCUGGCAGCGCAGAUGCAGCAAUGACUCCCAGAAGGAAGCAGCACAAACGGACGCCAGAGGAGGAAGCAGCAACAACAGAGGACGAGGAGAUCGACAUCAGCGUAGAGCCUCGCUUCAUCCCUGAAACGUGGACAGAUGUGCCAAGGCCUUUUCUUGCCUUCUGGCUUCAAUCUCUAGGCGUUGCUGUCCGCUCCUUAGAAACACGCGCUGCUGCGGCCGCCUCUUGGCUUCGACGAAGACACCGAGAACAACAGUAUCGGCAGUACAAGACGGACUGGCGACUUCAGCAGGAGGCGCAGGAUUCUGCAAGCAAAGGAGACAUGGGGUCUGCAGCAGAAACGGAAGCGGAACCAGAGGCACCGCCGUUCCCCCUCCCCGCCAGCCUCACAAACAUUAAUCAUAGGUUCUACAACGCAUUCAAGCUGAUGAAUACAGCGGGGUGGAAUGCAUGCGUAGAUCUACCAACGCCGCACUCUCGCUUGGAAAGCUGGCGGUUGGGCUCCGACUUGCGCCGUCUCUACUUUUCCCGCUUUGAUGCGCGUGUUUCCCUUCGCCGCAAGCUGCUGCCUGAGCAUCUGAAAGACUACGUCCUUCCGCACGCCGACGCCGUCCUUGUAAUGCGUGACGGUGUUGUGGAUCCUACCCUCAGCCGAGGAUCAGCGUUUUUAUCAACUGAGCUCGCUGAUCAAGAGGAGGUGGGGGGCGUUGCAGCUAGCUCGCUUGAAGGCAUGGAGUCAAAGAACCCUCACGAAAAAGUCAAACACCACAACGGCGAGCAGAAAGGGGACUGCGGGUGUGGCGACACCCAAGCAAAAGGGGCAAACACACCGCUGGCACCCGCGUCGUCGAAGCAGGAAGCGGGGGAAGACCAAGGGGAGGAGGAACCUGAAAAGGCAGUUUGCUGUAGCUUCUUUGACUUGAACGACGCUUCUGUCCGCUCGGAGAUUGAGCGACAGCUCAGAUUCAUUCCAGAAUACUCAAAUUACUGGCGAACAAACACCCAAGCAUUCCACAGGGGACAGAUUGGAAAGACAAGUCGCAAGUACGACAACGACUUUGCAAUAUAUGAUUACCGCAAGUUGGAUUUUGGAAUGGCUAAGCUGUCCGCCCUCAACCUUGCUGGGAUGCAGGACGCUGGGGUCGUCAUUAUCACAGACUGCGAUGCACCUGCUAGCGCUUCGCCUCCUAGUGAUUCUGAAGAGGAGACUGUUCUGCAAGGCGGAGGAGGCACUGAAGUCGGCAUCCGAGGGGGGGAGGGCGCUACUACCGCCAGCGAGAAGGAGAGCCCUGACAAUUGUUCCUCGCAGAGGCCUCUCGUCUUGCAGGUGAUCCAUGUGACGACAACUGACGAGAUUGAUGCUAUUGGCGUGGACAGCAAAGGCUCGAGUGACGAGGCCAGCAGACCCCCAAAACCCGCAACGCCGCUAAUUAAUCCUCGCUUUGUAAUUCACGUUGGUCGGAAUGCCAAGUGCCAAGUGCACCAGACUCACGUCAGCUUCUCCUCUCUCCUCUCCCAGCAGGAGCAGCGAGAACUCCGCGAACUGAAGCAAAAGCGCGAGAAAGCGCAAAAUCACGGGGAGCAGCCAAAGGGCUUCAGAGGUCCUUUUGUUAACUCUGCUACCAGGGUUGUUGUUGAAGAGGGGGGAGAAGUGCAUCACGUCUACGCUCAGGAGUUGGAUGGAAACACUGCGCACUUUGAGAAUCUCUCAGUUUGCUGUCAUCCUCGCGCCAAGUACAAAAUUUCGCUGGUGGAUGUCGGUGCCGCUGUUAGCCGCUUUGCACUCCAGGUCGAAGGCUCGGAAGCCUCCUCGCAUAUCUCCCGCGGCAUAUCCCUGCUUAACAACGACCAAGACCACGCAAAGUUCGAAAUGCUGCAUCACAUCGAGAAGGACGCAGAGACAGAUCAAGUGCACAAGAGCCUUGUAGCAGGAAAGGCGCGUGCCAUUUGGAGAGGCCGAAUAAGGAUAGAACGGAAAGCAACAGGUGCCAGUGCUUCUUCCCUAAACCGAGUGAUCCUUCUCGAAGAUGGCGCGCGCUGUGUUGCCGUGCCAACGCUGGAGAUCAUUCCAGAAGACAUUAAAAAGGCAACCCACGGGGCGGCCAUACGGGAUUUUGACACAGAACCAUUGUUCUACAUGAUGAGCCGCGGGCUUCCUGCCCUGGAGUCCAAACGCCUCCUAAUGCUGGCCUUCGUAGACGAUGUUGUGGGCCCCUUACGAGACAAAGGGCUAAGCAAGCGCGUGAGGCAGAAGGUCUUGAAUUUGUUGCCCCAAGACCAGGCAGCCCGGAUAUCGCGGCAUCACAUGUUUAGAGGAGGAGAUGGUGGUGGUUAA